GGCUACGGGUCUCGCCCGCUCGCUCGCUCGCUCACUGCGGCUGCGGGCGGCAUCCAUCGCGAAGGAAGGAGAGGCGCUGAGCCCGGUGCCGCCGCCGCCGCCGCCGUCCCUCCCAGCCCACCGCGCUCCCAGAGCAGAUGCAGGCCAUCAAGUGUGUGGUCGUGGGAGACGGGGCUGUGGGGAAGACCUGUCUGUUGAUCAGUUACACGACAAAUGCCUUCCCUGGGGAAUACAUCCCCACUGUAUUUGAUAACUAUUCUGCCAAUGUCAUGGUAGAUGGAAAGCCAGUAAAUCUGGGCCUUUGGGACACAGCAGGACAAGAAGACUAUGACCGGUUGCGACCGCUUUCUUAUCCCCAGACGGUAAGUGCUGAAGUGGAGCUGAUCUGGGAUGUUUUCCUGAUCUGCUUCUCGCUUGUGAGCCCUGCGUCCUUUGAAAAUGUCCGAGCCAAGUGGUACCCAGAAGUCCGACACCAUUGCCCUAACACACCAAUCAUUUUGGUGGGCACCAAGCUGGAUCUGAGAGAUGACAAGGACACCAUAGAACGGCUGCGCGAUAAGAAAUUGGCUCCCAUCACCUACCCACAAGGCCUGGCCAUGGCCAGGGAGAUUGGUUCAGUGAAGUAUCUAGAAUGCUCUGCCCUUACCCAGAGAGGGCUCAAGACUGUCUUUGAUGAAGCCAUCCGUGCUGUGCUCUGUCCUCCACCUGUUAAGAAGCCUGGCAAGAAAUGCACUGUCUUCUAGAGCACGCCUGAGUUCCAUGUGUUAUGGAUGACUCCUCCUAGUGUCUGAGGAGGAAGAGUUUGCUGGGUGUUCCCACAAGGGAAUGGCGGGGUCCCUCAUCGUGUAUGAAGUCAGUGUUUUUUAAAUGUCUCUUUAAUUUAAUGUGUUGAUGUAAAAGGGCCGCAUGGGAAAAAGAGGAGCUCGGUGCUGUCCCACCCCCAGGGCGGAGCCAUGCAACAAGCAUGCUCUCCGUGACUUUGCUAGGACGUAAUUCACGAAUGAAAGGAACGGCCCUUUCUUACUACUUCUCUUGGUGCUAGAGCAUUGUGGUGGGAGUAUAUAAUGAACCCCAGGGGCGGCAGGAAAGACAAACGAGACACAGGUUGGAAAACAGGCCAUUUGUGCUUUACAAAGUGGGACACCAACUAAGUCGAUGGUCCAGGCCACUCUUGUGCUAUUCAAAGCUAUCAUUGCCUUUGAGGCCAUCAGGCUCUUUGCUGUUCCCGAGCAGUCUGACUGAUCAUCUGACUCCCCUAAAGAUGGGGAAGAGGAAGACCUCUUUACCUUGUCCAGCCUCUGCAGAAGAGGGCCGCCUGGGAGGAGCCUUUCUGUAGGAUUGAACAAGACACAGGAAGGGUGACAACUGACUCCUUCCUUUUGUCAGGAAUAAUGGACUGGGGGUUGGGGUAGAGAGAGCUUUGAGGGAUUUGGAUGGAGACAGGUCCAGUUUUUAAUCAUCGUGUAGAGUGAUGAGCUGAACACCUCUUAUUUUAUACAAUAAACAUUUCUCCAUAAGUAA